AUGGCGGUUCGGGGCGGGUACGGGCCGGUUCCUAUUUUUAAAAAAGAGAAACGGGGCGGGCCGGGGCGGGCCUUUGUGAUUUUCGGUUCGGGCCGAUUCCUGGAAUAUAGGAACCGCGGACUCUCAGUCAGUCCCUCGAUAGUUCCCUUCCCUCGACUACUCCGAUCAUCCUCCCCCUCACCAACCGUCAAUUCUCCUCGGCGAAGACAACGGCACCACCACCCAUCAUCCUUCUCGCCAUCACCCCUGCAGUCGAUUCUCUCCUCUUCGACAGCAAUCCCCGCCGUUGUGACCGCCAUCACCCCAUCACCGUCGUCGAGAACACUGGUACCAGCCAUCAUCCCUCUAAAAUUUAGAAUCCAGUGUUUACCUGCUCAAAUUUCGACAAUUGCAGUCUCGAGCCUUGGGAAUGAUUCGUUCUCAUGUACCUUCAGUUCUCAAAGGUACAGGCAGCUAUCCGGGGCAGUGGUGGCAAUAAUGCAUCUGUUUCUGAGGGUGUAGAAGCAUCUGUUAUAUAUGUCCGUUUCAAAGCAGCAGCAAGUGAGCUUAAGCCAGUGCUGGAGGAAAUUGAAAGCAGAGCAUCAAGGAAAGAAUAUACUCAGAUCCUUACAGAAUGCCACAAACUAUAUUGUGAACAGAGACUUUCCUUGGUGAGCUGAUGAAUUUUUUAUUUAUAUUUGAAAAGGAUCAAUAGUUGUUUACCAUAUUUGAUAAGGAUCAUUAGUUGUUUUUCCGAAUUCUGAUGCCUCUGCAUAACGAUGCAAUGUUAUUUUAGAUGUAUUGAAUUUGUACAACUACAA